AUGCGUCCGUCUCUAGGAAAGCGGUCGUCAUUCUCGCAUUUUUCAACUGCCCAGCAGCAACCGAUAUCGCCCCAGCAGCAGCGAUACCCGCCUGGGUGGAAUCCAUACGAUGAAGAAGCUACAGCUGGUUCGUCGGGACCUCAUACAGCAGCCAAGACGAGCAGAUACAGCGCGUCGGCGGCUCCAGGAGAACCAUACAUGUGGGAGCAGUCUGCCCAGGCUAGCUCCUACGCUCCUUCUACAGGGAUGAAGUACGCGCCGAGCGACUACCAGCUACCGCGAAGAUCUGCAUAUUUCGAGUCCACCAUGCCGCUGUACUCAGUUAGCUGGAGCACUCCGGCUGCAGACGGCAUGUCGUGCCUGGCGGUGGGCACGUGCAACGAUGAGUCCAAGAACAAAAUCCAGGUGGUGCACACAGAAGGCAAUUCGUUCAACUUGGCGGCAGAAGCAUCGGUGCCAUAUCCAUGCACCAAACUGGCGUGGGACUCAAGGCUUGAUGCUCAGGGAAAGCGCCAGUUUGCCACAUCAGGUGACUGUCUGCGCAUCUGGUCGUAUGACUCGUCCAAAGGGUUUUUGCAGCAGCGAUGUUCGCUGUCCAACUCCAAGUCCGGGUCCAUUUCGCCUAUCACCUCGUUCGACUGGAACAAGGUCGCGCCACAUCUCAUCAUCACUUCAUCCAUAGACACGACAUGCACGCUGUGGGACCUCAAUACAUCGUCCGCACGCACCCAGCUCAUUGCCCACGACCAAGAGGUCUACGACGUGCAAUUCACAGCGGGGUCCACAGAUGUGUUUGCAUCGGUUGGGGCCGACGGAUCGGUCCGAGUCUUCGAUCUCCGAGCCCUCGACCAUUCUACAAUCAUAUACGACCCGCCCAAACCACCGCCUCUAGUGCGAAUUGCCGGAUGCCCUUACGACGGCAACAUUUUGGCUACUUUUGCAGGCAACUCGAGUAAGGUGCUCAUUCUGGAUAUUCGCCAACCGGGCAUGCCCAUAGACGUGCUACAGCAGCACCAGGCUCCUGUGAACGCCAUCCAAUGGUGCCCCCAGAGCGUGGUUGUAGGAGGACAGCGAAAGAGAUUGUUGGCAUCUUCGUCUGACGACUCACAGAUCAUCUUGUGGAACACGGCCGUGCCGGGCGACUACCAUCUGGACUCGGCCUUCACGGACUCGGCCGAAGUUAAUAACAUUUGCUGGAGUGCAUCGGGAGAUUGGAUUGCAAGCGUUACUAACAAGGGUGUUCAGGGAGUGCGUCUGAAUUGA